AUGAUACCGAUUCGGCCACGCGGUGGUGCCUCAACCAGAUCUAGCAGGCAAGCGGUUGUCGAGACCCCACAGUCUCGGGUCGUGCCGAGGCCGGUCCCAGAACGAGAGACCAAAGAUAAAAAGAGUUACCACAUUGAUCAAAUCAAGCGUCGAUAUUCCGCUAAGGAAACCGACCUCGGUCACGGAGAGGUUUCCCUUUCCUUCCACCUGAAACCAUCUGACCCGGACUUCCCCUUCGACCUCGACCACUUGGAAUGCGAUCUCCGCGUCCCGGAGGGCUACCCAAAGAACCCACCCCAACUACGAAUCAAGAACAAGGAUAUUGCUCGGGGGUUCUCCAUCAACAUCGAAAGGGGUUGGGAAGAUCUCGUCCGGGAGAAGCGCGGCGCCACCCUCCUCACCUUGACUAAAGCUCUGGAUAGGAAACUGGAGGAACUGUUGUCAAAGGAGAAGGUGGAGACGGUCAAGUUGACCAUAUUCAAGGGUACCAGGAAUCAGGAUGCUGAACCGGCUUCCGUACCAGCUUCACAGCCUGUCAAAACAGUCACCAAACCGCCUGUGGAUCGGCCAUACAUCCCCGAGGAAUCAUACUCCAAGGACCAGAUCGCUGAAGCUAAAGCACGACGAGCCCAAGAUGUGAGGCAACUCGAAGCUCGCAUGAGCCGUUCUCCGGUUUACCAAAAGUCCAGCGACGGCAUUAUCUACACCUUGUCCCUGCAACCGAACCGCAGGGCCAGCCUUCCCCCGGGUCUUCAGCCCGUCCAGUCUGUCCAACUCAUCAUCCCGCUUCUCUAUCCCCUCCAACCGUUAAGGAUCCUCUUAAACGACGUUGAAUCUGAGGAUGCCGAGCCGGUCGAGGAGCUCUUCAUACAGAAGGCCGCCGAGCAGAAGCAGAUGUCCUUGACAAGCCAUCUGAACUACCUCGCCCAGAACAUGCACAGCUUGGCGAAGCAGGCUCAGAAGACGGUCGCCGAGGCUGCGCCAGCCCUUGAUAAACCCGUUAAUGCGGUACAGGGGGCAGAAAAGGCCACACGCCCGUCCUCUAUGGAUACGGGGAAGGGCCAUGUGCAUGUCAUCCCCCGACCUAUGGAAUGGGCUCUUGACGAUGGCACUGACAGCUCCGAGUCCGAAGACGACUCAUACGAUGAGGACGACGAGGAUGGAGGGGCCGUCAUCGAGGAGGCAGGGCCGUCUGAACCCAGCUUGCCCAUACAAACGCCGGAACGCGGGACAGCAAUGUCGUUCCCUUCUGUCGAACUGUAUGGCAUCGAGCUACUCCAGGUUUCGAUGCUCAACCUCAACAUCAAAUGCGAGCGCUGCAAGACCAUCAACGAAAUAACCGGUCUAGUAGACAACCUUGAAAAAGCCAGCAGCUGCAAGAAGUGCGCCACCCCCUUCACCGUCCGCUUCCGCCAGGAGCUCAUCCACCAACACUCGACCCGCGCCGGCUUCAUCGACGCCACCGGCUGCACCGUAGCCGACCUCCUCCCAAGCACCUUCACCCCAACCUGCGCAACCUGCUCCACCCCCUCCCGCACGGGCUUCACCUCGGUGCGCGGCGAGACGACCACCAACGUCUGCCGCGACUGCCACACCCGCUUCACCUUCGCGCUCCCGGACGUACGCUUCCUCGCCUAUUCCCCCGGAUCUCAGGAGCUACCACCACCCACAACCGGCCCGCGCCGCCGCCAGGAGCGCCUGGGCCUGCGCGCGGGCGAGCCGCUCCCCGCGAGGGGGGCUUGUAGCCAUUAUAGGAGGAGUUAUCGGUGGUUUCGGUUCUCGUGCUGUGCGAAAGUGUAUCCGUGUGAUAAGUGCCAUGAUGCGGAGGAGGAGCAUGGGAAUGAGUGGGCGGCGAGGAUGGUGUGUGGGUGGUGUAGUCGGGAACAGCGGUUUCAGAUGGAGAGUUGUGCGUUCUGUGGGAGGAGUGUGAUUGGGAAGAGGGGGAAUGGGUUCUGGGAGGGUGGCAAGGGGACGAGGGACCAGAGGCUGAUGAGGCGUGGGGAUAAGAGGAAGUAUAGGCGGCUGGGGACGGCGAAGAAGAAGGACUGA